UACUUGUCCCUGGUCUGUAACCUGUGUCUUAGCGACACAGUAAAAGUAUAUUGACAUCUACUGACAUAAAUACAAUUUAAUUUAUCUAUUUGUCAAGACUAAUAAAAUAAAACUAAUUGGAUUAAAUUAAAUUACUGUAUUUAUUUAUUCUAGGUGGUAGUACAGUGUCGAGAGUUAGUUACUGUCAGUGUUAAAUAAAUAGUUUUUUAUUUGUUGAGUACUGUAAUGUGAUAGGACGAAUAACGAGAACGAGAGAUGCCGGAAAAAUAUUAUUUUGGUACAUAAUAAAAGGAUGACACGUUUUUUAUCAGAGCAUACGACCAAUUGUCCUUAUUAUUGUUAUUACUCAAGACGCUUGAACCAGCGUCGACGGUAUUUAACAAAAAAAUCACCCUCUUGUUCAACAGUGGGGUUGAAAAAAAAAUCAUUUUUUAAUUGUUAUCAUGCUCACAGAAAUGGUUCGUCUCUCUUACCAACAUCGUGCUUUUUAUUGCUAUGUUAUACUCAGUAUUUGGAUAUUCCUUCUCGUUGCUGGCAUGUACAAAUACAUCGGGAACAAUGAAAACAGUUCUGUUCAAAGUAAACCACUGAGUAGUGAUGUACCGGUUCGUGAAUUCGCACGACAUUUUAAGCCAGAUAUUAAAAAUAAAAGAAUAUUUAAAUUGUGUAAUCCACCGGAUGACAUCAAAAGUGGAGCAGAAGGUAAAAUUGAUGGAAAUUUUACUCUAGAAGGAGUAAUUAUAUUUAUCCGUCAUGGAGAUCGCGGACCAUUAUCACAUAUACGUAAUAUCAGUACAGUCAACUGCGCGGGUGACUUUAGUUCGGACCCACGUCUCGAAAGUAUUUACGAAAAUUAUCAUAAUUUUAUACUCAAUUCGACGGCAUACCCGCAGUCAUCUUGGUCCCAAUUUUUGGGUCCAUUUCACGGGUUUCCUAUGCUGCCUAGUAAUGUAAGGGAAUGUAAAAUAGGGGAACUCACGACUCUCGGUAUCGGACAAUUACUCAAGACUGGAUUGAUACUCAGAAAUGCGUAUUACAAUAAACUUAAUCUCGGUAAUAGUACACUGUCAUCUAGAGAUGUUAUUGUCUAUAGCACGAGAUAUCGGAGAACUGUACAAAGUGCCAUAGCUCUUCUUUAUUCAUUUUUGCUUGAGAACGAAGUCUUCCAAAAUUUCGGAAAAAUUACAAUGCGUGAGAGUUCAAGCCUUACUUUUUGUAACACUGAUUGUGCGUGUCCUACUGCUGAAAAAUUUUUCAAACAAUACAACAAGGAAACAAACGAUCGUUUAAAAUCCCAUCCAGCGGUUAUAGAAUUAAUAAAACAAGCGUCAAAUAUUGUGUUCGAAAUGCCGGAUCAAGCGCAAACAAAGCAUCCAGACACGCUCAAAGAUGCAUUGUUAACAUAUAUAUGUCAUGGAUCAUCACUUCCAUGUGUUAAUUACGAUAGCCAGCGUGUUUGUGUUAAAACAGACCAGGUUACCGGACUGUUUGCUUACAUUGAAUGGGAAUCACGUCUCAAUAUCAAGAGCUCGAGUCGUCGGAAAUACGGACUCUUGAGAGCCUACGGUUUAUUGAGAAACGUCGUCUCGCAUAUGGUACAAAUGAUUUCUGAAUCAAAGCCAAAAAUCGUCCUGUUUUCCGGUCACGAUAAAACCCUCGAGUACUUAACGAGUGCUCUUGGUAUUGUCGUCGAUCACGCCAUUUCGCCCCACUACGCGUCCCGUUUUGUCAUUGAAAUUUGUCGCGCUAAUUCAAAAAAUGAAAAUCACGUUGCUAAUGACUUUUACUUUCGCGUGAUCGUAAACGGCAAAGAUGUAACGCAGACCAUAACGUUUUGUAAAAAUUCUAAUUAUUAUAGCGCGAGUUACGGUGACAAAAAUGAUGAGGGUGAUUUUUUAAAAAGGGAAUACAAACUGUGUCCUAUUGAAGCCAUCAUACGUCAGUUACACGACGAUUAUUUUCUUCCCUUCAAUGCAACUAAUUUUAAAGACGCUUGUUUGAAUCAAUGAUUGUUUAACUUAUUUUUAUCUCUGUAAACAUGCAGGCAGAACUUUUAAUGAUGAAUAGUUUAUAAAAGUUAUUUAUAGUUUUUAAUCAAUACACUGAGAGAAAAAAUAACUUUUAGGAAUAUUUUAUUUUAUUCUUACAAGAAAUUGGGCAAUUGCACUGUAAAAAAUCGGGAGUGAAUUCGGAGGGAUUACGGAUUUUUAUUUGAAUCCGGAUUCACUCCACUCGGAGAUCCGGAAUUUAAGAAAAAAAUUUUUGUCUGUCAAGAGAAUUAUUUUGAAUUUAAAUAUGAAAUUAAUAAUGUAUAAAUUUUUAUUGAUUUACAACUUAAGGAAAUAUUAUUUUUACAAAAGUUAAUUUUUUUCUCAGUGUAGCUCUGCGUCAAAGUAGAAAUUUUAUUUACUUUGAUCUUUUUAAAUUCUUGUUUUAUCUAAAAUUACUAAAGAUUAAAAUUUUUUUUUAAAAAUGCACUAGUUAUUACGCGCAGGUUCUAAUUACUAAAUUAUAAAAAUAUUAGAAGCAUCGCUUAGAUAAUUUAUUACGCAGAUAUAUAUAUAUUAAAUACCGUAGGUAAAAUUCUUCGCCUUAAAAAAAAAAGAAACAAAACCACAAAUCUCUGCUACUAUACAUUUUCUCUAUGAUGUUUUAUAAAAAUGUUGAUGGUGAGUGUAGAUACUCAUUUAUAUAUAUUUUAUCAUACAACUUAUUGUAAAUAUGUAUAUAAGUGCUCGUAAAAAUUUUAGUUAAUCAAGUCUGAUUCACAAUACACAUGUCUGGUGUACUUGCAGACAUAAAACUAGACAAAUAAUAAUUAUUUAGAAGUAUAACUGAAAGUAAAUUGUUUUGACAAUUAAACAAUUGAUAAUAAAACUUUGUAGAUUUACUUUUUCACGAGACUAGGUCUUUAGCGAGAGACAAGUAUUUUAUCUCAGUACAAUUUAAACUAGACUUUAAACAAUAAAAUACUUCACUACUGUCAAUAGAUGAUCCGUCGAGCUUUUUAAAGCGAAAGAAGACAACGCAAUAGUAUAUUGAGUGACAAGGGAUGAAACAAAACUAUUUCAGACCAGGGUGAAGUUGGCUGACAUCACCCGCAGUCUGAAAUCGUCUUUCAUCCUGAGUUACACACUAGAUUUUUCAUGAUUACCUGCAUUGGAACUCAGUUUCAAUGUCAGCAGCCAGUCAGAAUCAAGUUAAUUUAAGACCCAUGGAGUCAUCAAUUAUUAAAUUGUUAUUUGCAAUUUAUAAUUAAGCAGAAGCUAUAAAUACUAUUUAUUAAUCUCACUAAUUUUUAUAAAAUUUAAUCACAGUCAGAACUGUCAUUUACGUAAAUAAAAUUAAUGCUCUGAAAUUACUCAUAAAAAAAUUACAAGUAUCAGAGUUUAAAUUCCGAAAGCCUUCAGUCUGCAGUAGGGCGCUUCAAAAAAAAAAUUUAAUUUAAUUUUUUUCGCUCUUACCCCCUGAAACGUUAGUGGUUGCCGAGAAAAAAAUCCUCCCAAAAAAUGGGCUCUCUAGCUCAACUCUAAGAGGUCGCUAUUUUAAUUUUAAUUUCCCAUCUAAUUAACAUCUAAAAAUUUACUUUUUCACUAAAAGUGUAAUUACUCGUAAGCUGCUCAAUAUUUUUCAAAUUUAUACUAAGAUCUUCAAAGCUGAUUCCUCGAGCUUUCCAAAACCCUAUGAUAACUUAAAAUUAUUGCCAAUUGAAGCUGCCAAAAAAAAAAUGAAAAUUAACAAUUUCAUUUUGAAAUACAAAAUCGAUACUAUUCAGAUAGCUUCAAUUGGCGUUUUAAUCAUGAUAAUUAUGACUUAUCACAGGGUUUUGGAAAGCUUGAGGAAUCAGCUUUAAAGAUCUUUGUAUAAAUUUGAAAAAUAUUGAGCAGCUUACGAGUAAUUCUACUUUUAGUGAAAUAGUAUAUUACACACCUAGAGGAGUAAAAUAAUAAAAGUCUCAGAUUACGUUAUUUGUUGCCGAGGCUCACAAACAUGUGAUCUGAGGCUUUUCUUAUUUUACUGACCUAGGUAUGUAAUAUACUUUUUUUCCCAAGGGAUGAAACAAGUUUGUUUCUGCCCGCUGACUGAAGACAUUCAAAAUUUCGCGCACUUGCUAAUUGGACUGAAAUGAUCUUCUUUCGAUUGGCUGCAGAGACACUAAAACUUUAAGUUUCGAUGUUGAUAUCAUGAAAAUAAAAUAAUUAAUUAAUAAAAAUAAAACCUGGAUAUCAACGAACAUAUUAUUUUAUGCUUACCAAUAAAUACUCUGUAUAAUAUUUGUUCAAAAAAUUUAUU